GCAGAAAAACGCGGAUUUACUGCGCUGGCUGGCUAGAAAUGCUUCCAGAACCACGUUCUGGUGAGGCUUGAGGACGUGGCUGUGUAUUUCAUUAGGGGAUUAUUUUUCCCUGGCUGGAUUUCCCUCCCGGCGCUUCUUUUCAACAAAAAUCCACGCAGAAAAGAACUGGGAUUUCAUCUUUGUUGGUACUGCUUCAAGCAUGACUGAUCUUGGAGGGCAAGUGCUUUGCACGGAAAGUUACGGCUCUCGCAAUGCUCAGCGCUAUCAGCCCUUGCCUGAUGGGAGGCUGAGCUGUGUCCUGGAUAGACCUGAAGGUCAGGGAUACCGUUCACUACAAGAUGUUUUCAUGUCGGUCUUCCUACCUCAGGGUUAUCCUGAAAGUGUGAGUCCAGACUACCUUGCUUACCAGAUAUGGGACACGGUGCAGGCCUUUGCUAGUAGCAUCACGGGGACACUGGCCACCCAGGCCGUGCUGAAGGGGGUGGGAGUCGGGGACGAGACGUCGACUGUUUCUGCCGCCACUGUCACUUGGAUACUGAAAGAUGGGACAGGAAUGCUGGGCCGAAUUCUCUUUGCCUGGAGCAAGGGGAGCAAACUGGACUGUGAUGCUAAGCAAUGGAGGCUUUUUGCAGAUGUACUCAAUGACGUGGCCAUCUUAAUGGAGAUCCUGGCUCCAGCAUUCCCAGCAUGCUUCACUCUCAUUGUGUGUACCAGUGGCUUCUUCAAGUGCAUUGUGGGAGUUGCCGGAGGGGCCACCCGAGCGGCCCUUACCAUGCACCAGGCCCGGCGGGACAACAUGGCGGAUGUUUCAGCCAAAGAUGGAAGCCAGGAGACACUGGUGAACUUGGCUGGGCUGCUCGUCAGUCUUCUUCUCAUCCCUCUUGUAGCUGACAAUCUCCGCCUCACCUACUCCCUCUAUGGUCUCUUCACCGUCUUGCAUCUCUACGCCAACUAUCGGGCCGUGCGGGCCGUCUGCAUGGAGACCCUGAACCGCGCCCGCCUCCGCCUGGUCUUCUGUCACUUCCUGGAACGGGCGGAAGUGCCUGGCCCCGCAAUCGCCAACCCGCAGGAACCUCUGGUGUUAGGGUUCCGUCAGCAGCUCAAGAUGACUCUUGGGGCUCCACUUCACACAGUAACUUCCAGCGUUGCUGACUUCCAGAAAGCUCUUGAGGGAAAUGCUACAAAUUACUUAAUCUUCUUCAACCGAUCGGAAGGGGCCGUUUCCAUUCUCCUACACCGAAGGGCAGGGAGUGUGGAUGUGAUUAAGGCUUGCACCCAUGCCCUGUUCUUGGAGUCCCUGCUGUACUGGGAUGUGGCGACACGCUUCUUGGACAAGCGGGCUGUCCUGGAUCUGCGGCGUAGGCUGCACGAAGAACCUAAUGACAAGGACUGUGCUGUUCUUUCUGAAACACAUUGGCUAAUGGACAGGAUAUUUCCUGAAUUCCUGAAAGGAUUGACGGCAGCAGGAUGGGUGACAGACCGGAACCUUCUAGGCCCUGAGGAGUGGCGUGUGGACUGGAACAUCGCUGGGAAGAAAAGUCAUUGACUCUGGGAGACACUGACCAUUGAUACCCAGGCAAAAACAUUCCCACCCGGAAAGGAUACGACAUUCCCCAUCUAGAUCCCAGUUGCUGCAGUGGUCACAGCAAUUAGAGACGACUGAGCCUGUCUCUGCCUCAUUUGAGAUUGGCAAAGCUGUAACGUCCAAAUGGACAAGAGGUGCUGGCCAUGUCCCCACUCCCGAAAAUACUGAUUUGGGGGGUGGGAGGGAUCAUA